CCAAGCCCACAGACCCAAUGAACCCAAUCCAAAUCCUACGGUCUAGAAUCCUCCCCAUCCACAGAACCCAAGUCCCCCAAACCAUGGAAACCGGACGAGUAAGGGUCCAUAGCUACCACAGCUAUCUACCUUGCACACACAACAAUUUGCAGUCACAAGUUUGCACUGAACCCACUUCACCUAACCAGACAUCCGAAGAUUCCCCAUACAAAGUAGAUAGUAAGCGACCGACUGACUGACUUGCACUCUAGAACCCGGCUUUCCGUUCUAUCCCAUUUCCUUUUCCGUUCCGUGUGAUGAUUGAGUCAUUGCAGCAGCAUGACUGACCAACUACAAAGAAAUAACCUACAAUCUUUUCAUUUCUUGGACUCUUUUUAUGUGGUUAUUUCAUGUUACUAUACAGGUAAAUAUUAACCACCAUUGUGGAUGGUUACCUAUGCGUACAAUAAAUUCUUGCUUGCUUGCUUGCUUGCUUGCUAUGCACACACUAACUUCCAUUAUUCAUAACAAUUUGUCGACCAGACUAAAAACUAGCA